UGGGUCGUGGCUCAGAGUGGCUCAAGCCAUCGAGGAGGGUGGACGUACGAGGGUUGCUGGUGCUGGGUGCUCUUUCUCUCUUGUCAUAUCUAUGGGAAAUUCCUGUUAGUUCAGUCUGAUAGUUUGUGGAACGGAGGGAGACGACUGAAUAUCCUCGCAAGAGCUCACACUAAGUGGGGUGGAGACUAUUGUGGGCUCAUCACUAGAGAAGAUACCUUUUUCCGGUGGUUCAAACGUUAAAGCAUCUUCUGGAGCCCAGUGUGAGCACAGGGGGCUUAUCAGAGCCCGAAGAAUUCGACUAACCAUGGCGUGGAGGAGCGUGACUGUGGUGCUGGUUCUGCUGUCAGCCGGUGCUCAGGUGUUGGGCGAGGAUGGUGAUGGUGGCGGGUGCGUGUGGUAUGGAGAGUGUGGCAGGAACCCAGAGGCACUCUCACAUGGCACAGCCAACUGCCCCUACAGCGGGGGCCCCAAGCCCCUCGACCCCAUUGCCGAGGCCACACUCGCUUCCGUCUGUCCCGAGUUUGUCGCAGAUAUAUCUUCUGUUGACCCAAGUGCCAACCUAAGCACGUGUUGCGAUGCGGCUCAGGUGACAGCAAUGGUCACACAGAUGGUACUGGGCCAAGGUCUACUCCAGCGAUGUCCAACGUGCGUGAGGAACUUCCGUCUGAUCUACUGCUACAUGACAUGUAGUCCUCGCCAGAUUGACUUCAUGUUUCCCAAAAAUACAUCCCAUGCCCUAUUCACAAAUAAGACGAUCAUCACCGAUCUUGAAGUACACGUUACCCCCGAGUUUAUAGAUGGUGUGUAUUCCUCGUGUAAAGACGUUGCCAUGCCAUCAACCAAUGAGAAAGCAUUGUCAAUAAUGUGUGGCAUAUGGGGAGAAUACUACUGCACUGGUCAACGCUGGUUUGAGUACAUGGGAUCAGUCUCCAAUGGUUAUGCCCCAUUUCAAAUAGACUAUGUAUAUGAAGAGAGUUCUAAUACAACAUUUAAGCCUUUCAACCAGACUAUCAUCCCCUGCAACAUGGGAGCAUCUAAUGACUCUCGAGCGUGUAGCUGCUUGGACUGCAAGGCAUCGUGUCCCCAGCCUUCCCCCCUUCCACCGCCACCACAACCGUUCACCAUAUUUGGUGUUGACGGGCUGGAGGUGGUCAUGGCUCUAGUGUUCCUGCUCAUUGCAUCAACAUUUACUGUGGUUUAUAUAUGUCUUUCAUGCCGCUCUCGAAGUGUCGAUAUUGCAGUUGACACCCCUACUGGACCAUCAUGGGCAGAAGUUCCUAACUGUUUGGAAAAAGCUGGAUCAUGGAUUGAUGAUGUAUUAGAGAAGUUCUUCACAGCAUGGGGCACUGUGUGUGCCGAACAUCCUUGGACUGUGCUCAUAGUGGGAUUGCUUGUAUCAAUUGGGUUGUCUGUUGGUAUCAUCUUCCUGCGUGUGACCACAGAUCCUGUUGAACUUUGGGCUGCCCCUAAUUCUAGAUCACGUAUUGAAAAGGAAUUCUUUGACAAGAAUUUUGAGCCCUUUUAUCGUACAGAGAUGCUCAUUAUUCGUCCAGUUGGAGUAGAAACGGUUUCCCAUGAAACCCCUGAUGGACUGGAGGUAUGGGGCCCAGUGUUCAACAAGACCUUCCUCUCUGAAGUCCUUCACCUUCAGAACUACAUUACUAAUGAGCUAUCUGGCACAUCUGAAAAGGAAGAAGUCCACCUGGAGGACAUCUGCUUCAAGCCACUCUCCCCCACAAACGGCAACUGCACCAUCCAGAGUGUCCUGAAUUAUUUCCAGAAUAGUGAAACCAAUUUGAAUAUUUCCAUGAAAGAUGAGUUUGGCCAUGAUAUUAACUAUCUUAACCACCUGGAUACGUGCUUCAGGAAUCCUAUCUCGCCUUUAGAUCCUCACCUUCAAAUUCCUUGUCUUGGGAAAUAUGGAGGUCCCGUUUUUCCCUACACUACCCUAGGAGGAUUCCUGAAUGGCUCUCAGGUCCUUGGAGCCAAUCCACCCUACAAGAAUGCUACAGCUUUGGUUAUCGUUUUGGUUGUCAAUAAUUUCUAUGAUAAGGCGAAGAUAGAGAAGGCAAUGGCAUGGGAGGAAGCUUUCCUCACGUAUAUGAAGAACUACACUCAUCCGAUGAUGGACAUAGCGUUCUCUGCAGAGCGAGCAAUCCAGGAUGAACUGAAGCGCGAGAGUGAGGGAGACGUGCUAACCAUCCUCAUCUCUUACUGCAUCAUGUUUGCCUACAUUGCCCUGGCACUUGGGGAGUUUACCAGUUGCAGCCGCCUGCUAGUGGACUCAAAGAUCACGCUCGGCCUUGGUGGUGUGGUCAUUGUCCUCAUCUCGGUCUCCUCGUCUAUUGGUAUUUAUGGAUAUAUUGGUGUCCCUGCAACGCUCAUCAUCAUCGAAGUCAUCCCAUUUUUAGUUUUGGCUGUUGGAGUUGACAACAUGUUCAUCUUGGUUCAAACGUAUCAGCGAGAAUCUCGUCGUCCCACAGAAUCACGAUCGGAACACAUUGGUCGUGUUGUCGGACAAGUUGCUCCAACCAUCCUCCUUGCUUCCUGUUCAGAGGCCGCUUGCUUCUUUUUAGGAGCAUUGUCUGGCAUGCCUGCUGUACACGCCUUUGCUCUCUACGCUGGAUUAGCUCUCUCAAUUGAUUUCAUCCUUCAAGUGACAUGUUUUGUGUCUCUGGUAGCUCUGGAUGCUAAACGGCAGGAGGAGAACAGAUUUGAUAUUUUGUGCUGUAUCCGAGGCUCCGGCAAAGAAGGAACAUUAGAGGAAGGCCCGCUACAGAAGCUAUUCAAGCAUGUGUACGCCCCCACUCUGCUCUCCCGUAUUGUUCGACCUAUCGUUAUGAUUGUGUUUGCUGGGUGGCUCUGCUCCAGUAUUGCUGUCUUACCAAAGAUUGAGAUUGGUCUUGACCAAGAGCUUUCCAUGCCUGAUGACUCUUACCUUCAGAAGUAUUUUGAGUAUCUGGCAACGUACCUCAGUGUGGGGCCACCUGUGUACUUCGUCCUCAAGGGCGGCCUCAACUUCAGCAGCUUCUCGGAACAAAACAAAAUCUGUGGCACUGUUGACUGUAAUCUAGACAGCCUUGCAACGCAAGUGUACAUAUCUUCUCUUCUAUCUAAUAGAACUUUUAUUGCCCAACCAGCAUCAUCGUGGUUGGAUGAUUACAUGGACUGGUCUCUGUAUAACAUGCAGCAGGAAAGCAUUGAUGCCCCGUGUUGUCGUGUCAAGGCUGAUGGCUCCUUCUGUCCAGCCACUGAAUUUAACCCAAAGUGUCAAAAUUGUGACAUAAACGUUAUGGAGGAUGGAAUGCGACCUGAUCCGGCUUCUUUUAUGCAGUAUCUACCAUUUUUCCUAGAAGAUAUACCCUCGGAGCUGUGCCCCAAGGCCGGCCAUGCUGCAUAUGGCCAAGCUGUUAACAUUGUCACAGAUGGUCAAAAUAAGACGAGUGUUGGAGCAAGUUACUUCAUGACGUACCACACCAUUCUGAAGACGUCAAGUGACUAUUACAUGGCGCUAGAAUGGUCAAGAAACAUUACCAAGAACAUCACGGCAGCGAUAAACACGGGCUUGAAGGAGCCUCUGUAUGAAGUGUUCCCUUAUAGCGUAUUUUACGUGUUCUACGAGCAGUACCUGACUAUGUGGGAAGACGUCUUGACGUCCCUGGGCAUUUCUAUUGUGACAGUGCUCUUGGUGAGCAUCCUUCUCUCUGGUCUUGAUGUGGCAUCAUCUUUAAUAGUAAUUACCACCAUCAUAAUGAUUCUCAUCGACCUUGGGGGACUCAUGUACUGGUGGGGGGUGUCCCUCAAUGCAGUCUCGCUGGUCAACCUUGUUAUGGCUGUGGGUAUAUCGGUGGAGUUUUGUAGUCACAUUACUCAUGCAUUCUCCCUGUCCAUGGAGGAAACAAGGCUGCUGAGAGCGAAGGAGGCCCUUGUCACUAUGGGCAGCUCGGUAUUAUCUGGCAUCACAUUCACCAAGUUUGGAGGCAUCAUUGUCUUAGCCUUCGCUCAUUCGAAAAUCUUCAAAGUGUUCUACUUCCGCAUGUAUCUUGGCAUCGUGUUGUUUGGGGCGGCGCACGGUUUGAUAUUCCUGCCAGUCAUGCUCAGCUUUUGUGGCUCGGCAGCCAAUCGUGCGCGACGACAGAAGAAGGCAGAGUUGGAAAUUGAACAUCACGAGCAGGAGCGCCGUUGGGUCAAGAAAGCACCGGCAGGAAUUUAGCUCUAUGCCCAGGAACUGCUUUAAUUUAGCCCUGAAUUGGUGGCCAAGGUCAAAUAGGUGCCGUAUACAGAAGCGUCAAUGGAGUCGUAUUGCUGAAAGCUUCCAUGGAUCCAUGUCCAUGAACGAGGAAGUGCCCGACCUUCCCCAACCAGUCAAUGUUUCUGUUGUAGACACUCACAUC